AUGGAUGUUUUUAAAGAAAGAGAAAUUAUUGCGUUUGAGAAUGUAGCAGAGGCAACCAAUUUAUUACAAAAAAGCUUAUUAAGCCAAAAAUUCGCAAUUAGGCUGUGAGACUUUAGAAAUAAAUCAGAGAUCAAUGAGGAUUAUGGAGAACAUUUGAGUAAGACUCUUUCGCAGAACCUUACUCACAGGCAAAAAGCUGAAAUACAAAGGAGAAAAAUAGAGAGUUUCACCCCAAACCGCAAAAACAAAGAUAACGAAAAAUUUUGCAAUUCCAAGCAUUUUCACAUUCUUGACCCCAAAAAGAAACCCUUUCGAAAACCAAAGCUGAUUUCUUUGGAGGACAAAUUAAAACAGCCGAAUUUAAAGGAUUUUAGGCUAUUUGACUCCAAGAGCAACUCUAAUAAGUGUACGGCAGAAAGUAGUUCUCCAAUAAAAAGUAUGAGUAACGCCAGUGUCCAUAUUGGAAAUUUCAAAGAAAGUCUAAAAGACAACAGAGAGCCCGAAAGAGCCGCUGGUGAUGUGAUUGAGUAUAUAAAUAGACUUAAACAGAAAAAAAGUUUGUCAAAUGGAAAUUUACUAAAAGCAGUUAAAAAGAUCCCUGCUGAGAGCUGCAGCAUACUUCCAGGGGAAUUUAAAUCACUAACAAGCAGAUCAUCUCACAAAGAAGUGUUUAAUGAUAGAAGAAGUAAAGGAGGAUCUCUUGCAAGUUCUAAUAGAGCUUCUUUAAAAGAUACCUGCAAGGAUAUUUUGAAAAAUAGGACAACUCAUUUUUUAUCGAGCCAACCUGAUCCUCAAGCACAAGAAGAAAAUCAUUCACGCUUUCUUAAACAAUUAUUUUCUGCAAGCCAAAUAAAUUUAACACAAAAAAGGGAUAAUCUUCAAGACUUCCCAAACUAUAAAAAUAGGUCAAAUAUAUUUUUAUUAGAUGCCAACUUGCACCAUCUUAGCCAAAGUCCCAUCAAAGAGUCCACAUUUCUUACUUCAGUUCGAGAGUCAACUCAUAGAGCUUCACAAGCAUCUAUCUGAGUUUCAAAUAGCAACCCUCCUACAAAACGAAUGUCAGCUAGUCCUCGAAAGACUUCUGAAAUGAAUUUAUUGAAAGAUGUGAUGGAAAAAUGCUGAAAACUUGAAGAGAACACUAAGCAUGAAAAAGAAGAGAUUAAAGAAAUCGGGAAAAAAAUUGAAAAUGAUAUUGAAAGCUUGCAAGAAAAGCUCACAGAAAGUGAGCUAAAGUUCGAAAAAAGUGACAUCAAAGGGAUGGUUGAAGAUUUUAAUCAUGAAAAGAAAGCUUUUAUAUAUGGAAGAAGAUAUCAAGGUAUGUAUAUAAUGAGCAAAUAA